AUGGCAUCGUCUGUUGUUUAUUGGCAAAAGCAUGCCUUAAUUAUUGGUAUCAAUAAUUAUCUACGUAAUCCAUUAGAAUAUUGUAUCAAUGAUGCCGAAGAUCUGGAAAAAAUUCUUCAGCGAAUUGAUUUUCAUGUAUUACUUGAAAUUGAUUGCAAUCUUCAUAAAUUCUUCAGUAUAAUAGAUAUAUUCACUAAUAGAAUCCAACAAGAUGAUUUGAUUUUAUUCUAUUUUGCUGGUCAUGGUAAACAAAUGAAAGAUGAGGAUUAUUUAUUACCAGUAGAUUAUUAUUAUGAUUAUCGAGAAAAUGAACAGAACUAUAUCAUCAAACAUGCUAUUAACAUCAAAUAUAUAAUAGAAAAAAAUCAAUCAUCAAAAAUGUCGUGUGACAAUAUAUUUAUUUGA